AUGGGCUCCAGCUGGAGCAUCGAGGAGGAGGAGGAGCGGCGGCCGCUGCUACAGUCCGGGCCCGGGGCGGGCGCCGCGGCGGCCGGGAGGAGCCGGGCCCCGGCCGGGGAGCGCGGAGCGGCGACGCCGGCGGUGCCCGCGGUGCCGGCGCAGGUCUUGGCCGGGCCCGGGCGCGUGUACGGGCGGCGCUGGCUGGUGCUGCUGCUCUUCUCGCUGAUGGCCUUCCUGCAGGGCCUGGUGUGGAAUACCUGGGGCCCCAUCCAGAACUCGGCCCGCCGGGCCUACGGCUUCUCCAGCUGGGACAUCGCGCUGCUCGUGCUCUGGGGGCCCAUCGGCUUCCUGCCCUGCUUCGCCUUCAUGUGGCUGCUGGACAAGAGAGGUCUCCGGGUAACUGUGCUGCUGACAUCCUUUCUUAUGGUUUUGGGAACAGGUCUAAGAUGCAUACCUGUAUCAUCUGACUUAGUGAUUAAAAAAAGACUGAUCCAUGGAGGACAGCUGCUCAACGGAUUAGCAGGCCCGACUGUAAUGAACGCUGCUCCCUUCCUGUCUACUACAUGGUUUUCUGCAGACGAACGAGCUACUGCUACAGCGAUCGCCUCCAUGCUCAGUUACCUUGGUGGAGCGUGUGCGUUCCUGGUUGGACCUCUUAUUGUUCCAGCUCCUAAUGAAACAUCCCAUCUACUUACCUCAGAAAGUAACAGCAUCCAUAUUAAGGAUCGUAUAGAGAUGGUAUUAUACGCAGAAUUCGGAAUUGUAUGCCUGACGUUUUUUGCAGCAAUCGCCUAUUUCCCAACACGACCUCCAUUUCCCCCUAGUGUGGCUGCAGCAAGCCAGAGGCUAAGCUACAGACGGAGUUUCUGUAGGCUCUUAAGCAAUUUAAGGUUUCUGAUGAUAGCAUUAGCCUAUGCCAUACCUUUAGGUGUAUUUGCCGGCUGGUCUGGAGUUCUGGAUUUAAUUUUAACACCAGUUCAUGUCAGCCAAGUAGAUGCUGGCUGGAUUGGAUUUUGGUCUAUAGUUGGAGGCUGCAUUGUUGGAAUAGCUAUUGCAAGGUUUGCAGAUUUUAUCAGAGGCAUGUUGAAGCUAAUCCUUCUGUUACUGUUUUCUGGAGCUACGCUUUCAUCCACUUGGUUCACCCUGACCUGCUUGAACAGCAUUACUCACCUGCCUUUAACUACAGUGACAUUAUAUGCCUCCUGUAUUCUGCUGGGAGUAUUCCUGAACAGCAGCGUUCCCAUCUUCUUUGAGCUGUUUGUGGAAACUGUCUACCCUGUUCCAGAAGGAAUUACUUGUGGAGUUGUUACCUUCUUAAGUAAUAUGUUCAUGGGAGUGCUUUUAUUUUUUCUUACAUUUUAUCAUACAGAAUUGUCUUGGUUCAACUGGUGCCUUCCUGGGUCGUGUUUGCUCAGUCUGCUCCUCAUUUUGUGCUUCAGGGAAUCCUAUGAUAGACUCUACCUUGAUGUCGUUGUCUCAGUUUGAUAGCAGAGACUGGGAGGAAUUCACAGAGACUGGCCAUCACAACGGCAUACCAGACGUUAGCUUGGAAUUGCACAACUAAAUGGAGGGGGAAGAGAAGAGAUUAGACUUUCGGAGGUUUUAUUAGGGGUACAGAUUUUUAUUUUUAUGUUUAUUUAACUACUACUAGGUAACAAUAAUGCAAGACUUAAGGGAUAAUAGAUGAUUUUAAAAUAUACCUGUUUGGUGUACAGAUACCUGAUUCGUGGGCUGGAGGCCGCCUGUCUUUCAGAAAAAGCACUCCCUGAAAAAGUGUAGUGUCCAUUUUUUUACUAGUGCUAGACUACUAAGUGAUUAAAUGUAGUCAUGAAGAGAAACUGAAGGGUAAUAUUGGGUCAGUUUUCUCUACUAUCAAAAUAUUCCUUCCCUGAGUCACAAAUCAGAAUAGGAAAAAUGCCAGUAACUUCUUUAGAAGUUUAAAACAUGUAUCACAUUUUAAUAUAAAGUGGCCAACAAAUGUGUAAAUUACAGUAAUGACCUACUUGUACACUACUUUUUUUUUCCUAAUAAAACCAUUUCUUAUA